ACAGAGUGUGACGUCAUUACCAUCUCAAUGUCGAGGGCGGCGUCCCGGUACUCGGUGAUUUAAAAGCGGUGGACCCGCUCACCUGCCACAACUCACCUGCCACAACUCACCUGCCACAACUCACCUGCCACAACUCACCUGCCACAACGCACCUGCCACAACUCACCUGCGCGAGGCUCACACGUUUAAAGACCUGUCACGAGGACUUCACCUGCCACGAGGACCUCACCUGUCACGAGGACCUCACCUGCCACGAGGAACUCACCUGCCACGAGGAACUCACCUGUCACGAGGACCUCACCUGUCACGAGGACCUCACCUGUCACGAGGACCUCACCUGCCACGAGGAACUCACCUGCCACGAGGACCUCACCUGUCACGAGGACCUGACCUGUCACGAGGACCUCACCUGCCACGAGGAACUCACCUGUCACGAGGACCUCACCUGUCACGAGGACCUCACCUGUCACGAGGACCUCACCUGCCACGAGGACCUCACCUGUCACGAGGACCUCACCUGCCACGAGGACCUCACCUGCAACAGAUCCCCAACCCGCACGUGGCAGCACGCGUGGAUCUCGUUCUCCAGGGCACCACAAAUCGGCACCCUGGACGCCAAGGCGGUCGAGGCGUUGGGGUCCAUGGACUCCGAGGGACCCGUGGGUCUCGGGUCACCAUCCUCGGAGCUGCCCUCCCCGGGGGACCUGCCCCUCUACUCCAUGUGCAUCCAGACGGCCCCGGCACCGUCGGCGCUGUCGAGCUGGGCGAUCCCGUGUCCAGCCAACGAGCAGCGGGCGGCGAGCGCUCGGGACGCGUGCGAGGCCUCCGCGGGGAAGCCCCAGGAAGAGAAGGAGCCCGCGGAUCGCGUGACCAUCAACGUGGCGGGGCUGCACUUCGAGACGCACCGUUCCACGCUGGCGCGCUUCCCCGGCACCCUGCUGGGCGACCCCGCCCGGCGCGACCGCUACUACUCGGCGAGACGCGAGGAGGUCUUCCUCGACCGCCACCCGGACACCUUCCCGUCCGUGCUCUACUUCUACCAGUCCGGCGGCGUCCUCAAGCGGCCACUCCACGUGCCCUUCGACAUUUUCGUGAAGGAGCUCGAGUUCUACGACCUGGGCGACGAGGCGAUGAGCUCCUUCCACGAGGAGGAGGGGUACCUGCCGCUCAAGGUGAUUGAGCUGCCCACGCGGCGCGCGCAGCGCAUCCUGUGGCAGCUCAUGGAGCACCCCGACAGCUCCGUGCUGGCGCAGAUCGUCUCCAUCGUGUCGCUGCUCUUCGUCUUCAUCUCCAUCGUCGUGUUCUGCGUGGGGACGCUGCCGGGAUUUCAGACCGACGGCUUCGCGCAGAGCUACGCGACGAACGGCGCGGCGGCGGGGAACGCUAGCGGCGUGAACUCGACCGGUGGCAACGGGACGAGCGGGAACGGCACCGCGGUGGCCAACGCUUUGACUUUCGCGGGCGGGCCGCUGUUCACCACCGAGACGGUGUGCGUGGCGUGGUUCUGCCUGGAGAUCGUGCUGCGCUACGUGUCGUGUCCCAGCAAGCUGGCCUUCUUCAGGGUCCCCAUGAACGUGGUGGACAUCGUGGUGGUGGUGCCCUACUUCAUCACGCUGGGCAUCGACGUGGCCAACAUGGACUCGGUCAACGGGCAGCACACCGUCUCGCUCGCCGUCUUCCGCGUGUUCCGCCUGCUGCGCGUGCUGCGCAUCCUCAAGCUGUCGCGCUACUUCAAGGGGCUGCGCAUCCUCGCCAAGACGCUCACGUCGAGCAUCCGCGAGAUUCUCGUGCUCUUCAUCUUCCUCCUCAUCGGCGUCGUGCUCUUCGCGAGCGCCGUCUACUUCGCCGAGUCGGACCAGCCCAACACCGCCUUCCGCAGCAUCCCCGAGUCCUUCUGGUGGGCCGUCGUCACCAUGACCACGGUGGGAUACGGCGACAUGACGCCCGUAACGGCGGGGGGCAAGGUCGUGGGCUCGCUGUGCGCCGUCUCCGGCGUUCUCAUGAUGGCCCUGCCCGUGCCCGUGAUCGUCAACAAGUUCACCCUCUACUACGAGCUGGACCGCAAGCAGCAGCUCCUGCUCAGGCGGCCGGCGAACGGCGGAGGGGCCGACGCGCGACUCUCGCAGCGAGUGACUAUGGCGCUGGACCAGGUGUGCGAGUGCGGCGGGAGGCGAGGUAGCGCCAGGGCCGCGUGAACUCCCCCCACCACCACCACCACCAACCACCCCCCCACCACCACCACCAACCACCACCCCCCCACCCCCCCACCACCACCAACACUUCCCCACACAUGCGCCGGCGUGGUGGGGGUCUGACUGAGGCACCUGCUCCCCCUGCUCCCCCUGCUCUCCCCCUGCUCUCCCCCUGCUCUCCCUCCACUGCUCCCCGCUGAUGACCGCUGGUGCACGCACGGCGAGGGAGGGGGAGGGGGCGUGAGCCACGCUGGGGCAGCGCAAGGAAGAGACACAAAGAGGCACUUUUAGCACUCACCCUGACAUCACCACACCUCACCACACCUCACCACACCUCACCACAUCUCACCACACUUCACCACAUCU